AUGAAAAUUUCCGUUAUUGCUAUCUUUGCCCUCCUGGGCCUUGUUGCAUCAUCUCCCUCUAGCAGCAGGCCCGAAAAAAGGGAACUUGGUUAUGAUGUUGGGUGCGUGGGUAACCGUGGUGGUGAUGGUACAAAGUGCUAUAUCCAGAAGAAUAGUGGCGCAACUUUCUACCCUGUUGGCUGCAAGGACAGUCAUUGGCUCUGCCCGUAA